CAGAGAGUCAACUUGCAGAAUUAUGGUUAAAGCAGGGACUGGGACUCCAAAGAGGUGGUGGUGUGGAGAAGGAGGAGAGAUGUCAGAUGCCGAAAUGUCUCAGCUCACCGCCUUUUUGAGAGAGAGAGGAGUUGAAGAAGAGGCCAUUGCGUUAUUGGAAGAGGAAAAGAUUGACAGCCACGUCAUAGCACUGAUGGAUGAUGCAACCCUGGCAAAUUACAUCCCUCGCUAUGGAGACCGAACUGCCCUCUUCAAUUUUUCAUCUUAAGACAACCAGUGACUACAAUGUCAAAUGUAGAUGAUUUCAUCAGACUGUACUUCAGACUUUCUUUCAGCAACAAAGAAAUACUUGCAAUUUUGGCACACAGCAAUCAUACUAUUAUAAGUGUUCGUACUUUAAAACGAAUUUGUAGAAGACUUGGUCUAUUCAGAAGGAAGAACCAGUCAGACUUGGAAGAAGUCCUGGCUUUUGUCCUACAUGAGAUAAUGACAAAUGGACAGAUGCAGGGCUAUCGGUGGCUACAUCUUCGUGCAGUUCAACAGGGAUUAGUUGUCUCACAGGAUACCAUAAGGCAAAUCAUUAAACUGGUUGAUCCACAGGGUGUGGAAUUAAGGAGAGCACGACGCUUGAGGAGACGUCAGUACAGCUGCAGAGGGCCAAAUGCACUCUGGCACAUGGAUGGCUACGACAAACUAAAACCCUACGGCAUCGCCAUCAAUGGUUGUAUAGACGGUUUUAGCCGUUAUGUCUUGUGGAUGGAGGCAUAUACCACAAACAAUGAUACGAAAGUGGUUGCAUAUUACUUCAUGAAAACAGUUUCAUGUAUUGGUGGAUGUCCAGAGAGGAUACGUGCAGACAGGGGCACAGAAAAUGGUUGUGUAGAAGAAAUGCAGAUGUUUUUGCGAAGGAACCACACUGACAGUUUUGCAGGGGAGAAAAGUUUCCUUAAUGGAAGUAGCACAACCAACCAGCGUAUCGAAGCUUGGUGGGGUAUCCUCCGCAAACAGAGUGCACAGUUCUGGAUAAACUUAUUUCAAGCUUUUCAAGAUGAUGGACAUUUCACAGGAGAUUUUUUGGAUAAAAGUCUUAUCCAGUUCUGUUUUCUUAAUCUUGUUCAGGAAGAACUUGAUGAAGUGGUGAACACGUGGAACUCACACAAAAUCCGACCAAGAACAAGUGGUGAUGUUGCAUCAGCUCGGCCUGUUGUGAUGUAUUCAUUCCCAGAGCUGCACAGUGCUGUAGACAGACUGAAGCCUGUUUCCAUGGAGGAAGUCUCUGUGUGUAUGGAAGAGUGCACUCCAAAAGGCCAGUUUCCAUGUGACGAAACUGUCUUUGAACUGUGUUGUCUCCUCAUGGAAGAAAAUGAAUGGGAUGCUCCAGCAGAUGCACUUGCUGCUGCCGAUCUGUAUAUUAUGUUAAGAGAAGAAAUACUGCAAAGUAUUUAAGAAAUGGUACCAAUGAACCACAGUGAACUUGUGUUAAUACAACCACAUACUCUUGACUACUGCUAGACUACAGUCACAUAUUUUGAUAGUUAUUGCAAUGAACUAGUGUCUCUAUUGAAUAUGAAAACAUUGCUGUGUAACAUGUAAGGUAUGUGUGGCGUUUUAUAAGACAUUUGUUCCACUGUAAAUGCAUCCUGAAUUCAAGCAAAUUAAAUGCCAGCAAU